GCCGCGGACCGGAAGUACUCCACACGGAGAGCACCGAUGCAUAUAAAGCAAAAGCAGAGGCGGGAGGCGCCCUCUGCAAAUUCACUCACCUUCUCAGGUCACGUCGACUAGGAGUGCUGCUGGUGACUUUUGGUGGGAAAUUCCACAUUGGAAUUAGCACCCAAAGCUAAGAAGUUGUGGAGCCUAGCAAUGGUGCAGCGUCCUCCUUCCCCAAUGGUGGGUGUCACUCUCGAACAGUCAGAGGAGAGAAAGGACAGACUGGAAGGCGCUGUGAUUGUUGCGAGUCCGAAGGGAGACUCUCCUGCCAACCCGGAUGCCCUGCCGAGCCUUGAAUUCCCCACUGCAUAUUAUGGAUAUGAAACCUAUAUUGAAGAGGGACUUAUCUGCCUCAAACACAAGGUUCGCAACUUGGAGAAAAAGAAGCUGAAACUGGAACAUUAUAAGAGACGCUUGGACUUGGGUGAGACUCUUAAUAAAGACCAAAAGGCUGCUGCUGAUAAAUAUGAGCAGGUGGUGCAUAACUUGGAAUUUGCCCAGGAGCUCCAUAAAACGCUGGAAAAUUUGACUCAAAACCUGCUGAGGUCACAGAAGAAGGCAGUCAAGAGGGAGCAACUGGAAAUGAUGGAAGCGGAAAGGAGACGGCUAAGCAUGGUGCUCCAAGUCCAACACCUCCUUGCCAGCAUACAACAAGCCCAGGUCAAGAAAGACCUCCUAAGCGGACGCAAUCAGGCACCCUACCUAACGGCACAGCGUCUGAACAGCCUGAGCCAGCUGGCCACGUUGCUUGGAGCGCGGGAGGAUGACCGACUGAGCUUAGAGCAGAGGAUGGAGGAAGCGGCUGUGAUCUACUUUGACCUUCUGGAGGGAAACGAAAAACCAGUGGCGGGAUCAACAUUUAAAAAGCUGAAAGAGGAGCUUACGAAAUUAUUGAACUGCAAGUACUUCUCUUGUCUUCCAUCCAAAACGACUCUAGCCAUGUCAAAGUUGACGCACCCUGAAGUUUCUGAGGAGGAAGUUAUGAGAGCGGAUGAACCACCUGACUGCUGGGAUAUGGAGUUCUCGGAUGAAGGCAUUUCACUUCAGGCUGCAGUCCACAAACCCUGGAAAGGAGCUGCAACGUUAAUGCCCAAAGCCCCUGAUACCAGCAAGAGCAAAUCGGCUGAUAGUGGACAGGGAAAGGAGAGAAAAGCUAAAAGAGAGCAAAAUGCCAAGAUCGAUGUUCACAAGGGUUUACCCGAAAUGAAACUCAACUCUCCAACCUUACCCAAAGACCCCAUAAUGAGGAAAAAACACUUGGAGGACCUCAUGACCAAGAUCCAUGGCUCUUUCAGUUUCAUGCAGGAUUCUCUUCUAGAUUGUGAGUCCUCUUCAGAAAACGGACUGUCCAAAUUUAAAAGGGAGCCAUCUGACUUGUCAUCUCCUCUGGCUUUAAAAAACUCAAGUGAUGCGCUGCCAAAAGAAAUGCACUCUACCCCAUUGCCUACCAGGCUUCUGGAGUCCAAAAUCAGUCUGACAAAUGGGGAUCAGUGCCUAAAAACCUAUGGGCAGGAGAUUUCCUCAAAUGAGCCUCUGCAUUUGGCUGAACAGAAGAAAUUUUCUUCACCAUUGUUUCGUGCCCCAGAGUCUCCAAUUGCUAUACUGGUAGCUGGAUCGCAAAAAAAUUCCCCCUGUAAUGGGAUGGCACCAAACAUCUCCAUUACCACCCCUCCCAAGCAUACAUUUUCCACACCGCCCGCAAGGCAAACCGUCAACUCUGUGCAAUUUCAUGAUAUCCCAUCGGUCUUCAACGGGGGUGUCAAGGUAGAGCCCAGGUACACCAACUCCAGCACCCAAACACCACCUGAGUUUUUGCCCCCAGAAGAUGACUCCCAAACACUGGGUGGGCCAAGCAUUUUCCACACUCAUCCUAAGAACUACGGGCAUCUCCUAUGUGCUCCAAAAGACUCUGGAUCCCAAAAUGUAUGUGGGUGUGGAGGACGGCAUCAUUUCAGCGCCUGGCGUGAGUGCUCACAGGUGAGCAGCCCAGACCGUGUGGAAGAAUUCACAAUGGUGGACUCAGGACACGGGGAUUCCCUUCCCGCCUCCAUCAUAGACGUCCCGCACAGUCCUCAUGGCCACCAUCACACCUCCCUACUUCCCAUGCAACUCUACCCUCUCUCCCAGCCGCUGAAAGUUGCAUUCACGGCCUCUCGCACCGUCAACUUUGCCCCAGGCAACCUAGACCAGCCCAUUGUUUUUGAUCAGCUGCACAGCAACCUCGGAGAGAUGUUUGACACCCACAUUGGCCGCUUCACCUGUCCUAUUAACGGAAUGUAUGUUUUCAUGUUCCACAUCCUUAAGCUCGCAAUUAAUGUGCCACUUUACAUCAACCUCAUGUGCAAUGAAGAGGUCAUGGUGUCCGCGUACGCCAAUGAUGGCGCACCGGAUCAUGAGACAGCCAGCAACCACGCUAUCUUGCCCCUGUUCCAAGGAGAUCAGGUUUGGCUGAGAUUGCAUCGUGGUGCCAUUUAUGGAAGCACCUGGAAGUAUAGUACAUUUUCUGGCUUUUUGCUUUACCAGGACUGAGCUCUGUGUGGUCUCUUGAUUUUGUACCAAACUGUUGACACAUUAGGUCAGCCAGCAUACCAGUACCUUUUUCACCCAAAAGUCUGCCGAUUUAAAGAACAGUUGUGAGUACAUAUAUGAAAUAAUGUGAAAUGGGAUUUCUGAUUCAUUGACCAGAGUACAACAUGAUCACAAUGUCUGUAGCACCUUACCUGUGAAGCACAAUUGGUGGACAGUCAAACUUUGUGGGCUCUGAGACUAUUGUCAGGAAAACCUGUUUUGGUGGUGGGUAUGGUGUUGAACACAAGCAGCCCGUAUGUUGAAUUAAAACCCAAACUAAAGAGGUCAAUUUGGUCUCUCAAUGUGGCGUAAUAAAACAUUAGCAGUGA